AGAUACGUCUCCUUCCGGGGCGCGGCCGUGCGUGGAGCGCGGUUGCCGUGGAAACCGCGGCCAUGGCGGCGCCCGGGUUGGGAGGCCGCACCGCCCAGUGCUCAGAAGGAGUCGUCUCGGCGGAAUCAUCCGUCACCGCCAGAACGCCAGUGUCGGUCGUAUCCCACGUGUCCCUCGAGCUGCCGGUCUCGCCGGGGCAGGUUGCAGAGCCGCCCAACAAGAACCUGUGGGAGCAGAUCUGUGAGGAGUAUGAAGCCGAGCUGCCUCCCUUUCCAGAAGGAUAUAAAGUCAAGCAAGAAGCCACAGUUACCGUGCCACCACUGGAGGACAUGGUUUUCCGUGGCUUCAACGCAGAACACCUUUAUUCAGCUCCCCGUUUAUCCGUGGACUCCCAAGUACCCUGUCCUCAAGCUCCAUGGGAAACAAUUGACCCCAAAACAUGUUCCCCCAAAGAAUAUUUGGAAACGUUCAUCUUUCCAGUUCUGCUUCCGGGAAUGGCCAGCCUGCUUCACCAAGCAAAGAAAGAAAAAUGUUUUGAGAGGAAAAGAACCAAAUUCAUUGCCUGUGAUUUUCUGACCGAAUGGUUAUACAAUCAAAAUCCAAAGAGGGCAGGGGAGCCAUUCACAGAAUUCUUCUCCAUCCCAUUUGUGGAAGAGUGGCUGAAAUAUCACCCCCGGUCAGCAAUCCCACUCUCCCUCCUGCUGACAGAAGCAGCAGCAGCACUCAUCAUUCAGUCCUUCUGGAGAGCCUAUCUGGUUCGCUGUGAUCCUGAGAUUCAAGAAUUGCGUCAGUGGCAGAAGAAACUGCGUGAGGACAAGUACAUCCGAGAGCGAGUCAAAAUAUUCUGGACCAAACAGGAAAAUAAAGAAACUCUCAGCGUUUCUUGCCUGGAGCUCUGUGUGCCUCCGGUUCUGGACCAGCCACCAAGUGAAAUGCAGAAUGGAAGAUGAGGAAGAGCCUGCAGCUAAGACGCCACAUCCUUAACCGCAGUUGGUAUCUUUUCCCUUCGGCGCUCCCAUCACCCGACUCAAGGAAAAAAAAGUUCCUUCCUCCAUGUCUUUAAAGACUAGAUUUGGUGCAUUUGAAUACAGAAUCUUUUCUGCACAAGCCAGAAUUUGUUGCAAAUCUGAUUUAGUGCAAAUAGGUUUUCGUAAGGAAGCGCUAGUGUUUUUCUGCAUUACCCCCAGUUUUAUUCUUUCAUCGUGUGUAUCUUCAGUGCUUCAGGAUUCUUGUACACCAGCCACUGUUAAAAUGUACAGUGAACUCUAGUUUCAAGAGAUGUGCAAGUGUUCUAAUUACCACUUUCCCACUUUUGGCCGCCUUUGCAAAGAUUCAUGUUUAAAAUUAAGCCCGAAACCUCUGCAGUGGGUUUUAAGUUUAUCUGGUGACACUCUUUGCAGAAAAAAAAGACACUAUCGCCUGUGGUCAUUUCCCAAGGAGACAAACCUUUAACUUUGACCCAAACCCAACAAGAUAAGACGCUUAAACCCAGACAAUAACAGAUAAGGCAUUUUUAUUGUCUAGGCCUCCAAGGAUUAUAGAAAGUUCCUCAUUUGAUGGGUAAACUGACUUAUUACCCUCAAUUGUUCUGCAGUUUGUUGUGGACAGGGCCUCUCCCAUGCAAAAUGCCACAGACAGCCUCCAGGCAGAUCUGACAGCCAAGUAGUUGGAAGGGGUUGUUUUGACAAGCUACCACACGUCUUAAGAAUAGUAAAGCCUUUAUUUAUUUAUUUAUUUUUCGCGUGUUAAGAACAGCAUUUUGAAAAUAAAACCUAUCUGCCCAUGCUUUACAUUUUUAAAUUUGUAAUGUUUAUAUACAGUCAUCUGUGGUACACAUUGAUUGUCUUGAAAUUUCUUUAACGAUUUUUUUUUUCUUUUUAGAAGUAUGCAACAGUCAGCCAGGUUACAUUAUAAAACACACAUUAAUACAUUUAAUAAAUAUAUAUUAUCUAUCAAAAACGAGCCUUAGCUCUUUAUCAAUUAAUAAAAAGCACCUGCUGAGAACUCCCCUAAGCUGGUAUAAUCAUCGCGUCAUUGGAUUAUAAAAGCCACAAAUGCUCCCUUUUUGUCUGGGGUUCAGCGCAGCCUGGCCUCACCAGGAAGGCCACCCCCACUCUGCUGCUGUUCAGCCGGUCCCCAUGAAAUCUGUGCUGAAACAAUGGAUCUCUAGCUUUCAGCCAGCAAAUCUGCAACCCUCCAGACACACAGAACUGCCCAGUUU